UCGGCCAUCUCCUCCUCCUGGCUUGUGUGUUCAGGAUACACCAGGGUCAGUCCACACGAUCCCAUUGGGAUAUCCUCUCGUUCCCAAUGUGGCCCACCUUUUGUUUUUUCAUGUGACCGCGUCACACUCGGCCGUGCUCCGAAAGCCGGACAUGCCCCCCGCAGUUCAAUCUCGAGCCGUUUCGCACUCCUACUGGCCAACUAACAUCAGCUAGCCUGGCUAGCUAAUCUCUCCUAGCUGCAAGCAAGCAAGUGAUACCUUUGACCACUCACUGAUUUCAACACAGCUCGACGGCCCAACGGUUGCCAUGUCGACCUCAUCUCUACGGCGACAAGUGAAGAACAUCGUUCACAACUAUUCAGAGGCUGAAAUCAAGGUUAGAGAAGCGACAUCCAAUGACCCGUGGGGCCCCAGCAGCUCUCUGAUGUCGGAGAUAGCCGAUCUGACCUACAAUGUUGUGGCCUUCUCCGAAAUCAUGAGCAUGGUGUGGAAGCGCCUCAAUGACCACGGCAAGAACUGGAGACACGUGUACAAGGCCAUGACUCUUAUGGAAUAUCUGAUCAAAACGGGUUCUGAGCGGGUCGCCCAGCAGUGCCGAGAGAACAUUUACGCAGUCCAGACUCUUAAGGAUUUCCAGUACAUCGACAGGGACGGCAAAGACCAGGGUGUGAAUGUGCGCGAGAAAGCCAAACAGCUGGUGACCCUGCUGAAAGAUGAAGAGAGACUUAGAGAGGAGAGGAUCCACGCCCUCAAAACCAAAGAGAAGAUGGCACAGACCUCCAGUGCUUCUUCUGCGCCCUCUGCGCCCAACCUGGGGGGCAGCCUGUCGCUGGGUUCUCACUCUGGAGGCACUGAUCCUGAGCAGGCAUGGCCGCAGAGCUCUGGAGAGGAGGACCUGCAGCUCCAGCUGGCUUUGGCAAUGAGUAAAGAAGAGGCCGAGCAGACUAGCAAGGACCCUCUGGAGGACGCAGAGAUCCGCUAUGCAAUCACACUCAGCAAAGAGAUGCUCCAAGAGGAGGAACGACUGCGCAGAGGCGACGAUUUGCGACUGCAGAUGGCCAUCGAAGAGAGCAAGAGGGAGAAGGCGAAGCCAGAAGAGAGUGCUCUAAUGGAGCUGAGUGCUGCGGACCCCUGGGGGACCCCUGCUGCCGCCGUCCCGGCGGCCGUGGGCUCCGCUGGCCCCUCCCCUCCGCCAACCCUUCCCAUUGCCACUUCGGGCCCUUGGGGCGCGACCGCCACAGACCCAUGGGGGGUGGCAUCGCCUGCUUCCCCAACCAGCGCCGACCCCUGGGGCGGAGGGGCGCCACCGCCAUCUGUAGCUCAUCCUCCCGAUCUCUGGGGGGAGACGUCCAACAGAGUUAACAACGUGGACCCCUGGGGAAGCUCAGCUGUGACACCCCCCAGUGUCGACCCCUGGGGCCCCACAGUGCCACCCAGCACUUCCUCCUCAGGGGGAGCAGUAGACCCCUGGGCGAAGGAUGUGCCCGUCCCCGCCUCUGACCCAAUCACCCCCGACAUCUGGAGUGACUCCGCCAAACACACUAACGGCACAGGAGACCCCGAGCGACGAGGGUCCUCAGCCACAGCCUGCAACAGCACAGGCUCGCCCGUACCCUUUGACCUCUCAUCCCUCGGCUCUUCUCUACCUGUUCGCAAGACUCCCGAGUCGUUCCUCGGGCCCAACGCAGCUCUGGUUGAUCUGGACUCGCUGGUGUCGUCCAAACCAAAACCCAAACAGCCGCCACCUCCUUCCAUCUCCUCGUCGUCGGCGCAUAACCCCUUCCUCCAGAACACAGGCUCCUCCCCAGCACCCGGCAUGGCCGUGACCCCGGGCAGUACCAUCUCCAGCCGCGGGGUUUCUCCAAGCCCGGCCUCCUCCAACCCUUUCGGCGUGGCUCCGUCCAUGACCUCCGUUUCACCUCAGCCAUCGUCGCUGGGCCUGAGCAGCCUUCGCACCAGUCCUGUUCCUCCCAACCCCCUGCUGGGCAUGGCGUCCCCCGGUAUGGGCCUGGGGCCGAUGAGCGUGGGCCACCCGGGAAUGGGCCUGGGCAUGAUGCAGGCCAGCCCCAUGACCAUGACCUACAGCGGGCUCUCACCAAUGGCGCCGGCCGCUUCCGGUAUGCUAGGUCCCGGAGGGGUCGCGCCGCCUCAGCUGAUUUUGGGUGGGCCCAGCAGAGCGGGAGGAGUGAUGGGUGCUGGGGGCGCGGUGGGGGGCCCAGGAACGACGGGAGCCAGCACCAAUCCAUUUCUUCUUUGAGGACACAUUUUGAACAUCCUAUGUCAUAACCUGCUGCUCCCUUUUUAUACAACACACACCAAUGUCCACAUAUUUAAAAGAAAAUCAGAUUUUCAUUUGUCCAAAAGCAUUUCACUGAGGACUCAUUUUACCACAUUCAUUUCAAAAGGGGUUAUUUUGUGUGUGGGGGGUGGGGGGGUUUCACUGGGAAAUAGAGAUCUAUUUAUUUUGUCGUCUUCAUGCUCCGUGUGACGUGCUCACGUCUAACAUUUGCGCACAGAAAGAGAAAAAGCGGCCGUCACCAAGGACAAAUAACAAACUAAAGGGAGAAACUCUGCGUCCUCUUCCUUGCCUCUCUCGACUAACUCUGAACCUGUGAGAGGAAAAGCGUGCAUGAAGAAUGAUUUUUAACAAACUCCACAUGGACUGAAGAAAAAAACUAUUCAGAUUCAAUGUGGUCAAAUCAUUUCAAUUAAUUUAAGCCUAAUUUAUUGUAUUUUUCCACUUUUUGGGAACAAUUAAGGAAAAUUAAAUGUGAUCAUGCCAUAUAUAAAAUCAAAUGCUUAUUUUUCUUAUUUUCUAAUUGCUGUGGAAGCUGAAUUGGAACUGAUCUGUGACUGAUAUGGAAAAUGACGUGAUGAGAGAUGACAAAAGCUUAUUUGUGCAAGUCUCAAAUAUUUCCAAUGCCUUUCUGUGUAUGUGUUUUCAAUGUCACCAUUUUCUUGUUCUUUCUGUCCUGUUUCAGUGACUCCACAGAAAAAAAAUUGCAUCCAUGCAUUUUGUUUUUAAAGACUAACCUGUAUUACUACUCUGCAAUGUUGGAAUUUCAAAUGAGGUAUUAUUAUUAAUAAGGGUCUCAUAUUUUGGCUGCCAAUCAGAUUUCAUGUUUGAUAAUCCACAACAUUUCAAUCCCGUUUGUACGUCUCCCGAGAGCUGCGCUGUCCUUGUGGUUUGCCCUGCUGUGGUGUUGGGAAUAGAUGGUAAAAUGAAUGAGUGGCGCAAGAUGACAAAAACAACACAGACUUGACAACAUGCUCCAUGCUGUUCUUUUAAUUUACAGAUUUUAUAUCGAGAAGAAGAAAAAAAUCUUAUACUUGGAUCGUGUGCUGUUGCCUGUGAACAUUCACAUUUGACAAAAUGAAAAAGAUGUUUAAAAACAAAAAGCAAACAGGAUGUGGGGUUUUGGCUGGUUUCAUGCUUGUGCUGUACUUUGUCUUUAUCCUAUUUGCAAUUUUUACUGCUGCAGAGUACAAUAAUGUGACAAGAAUAAAUGUAUAUUUUAUUUUCCUUGAUCAAAUUGCUUUUU